AUGUCUCCUUCUUCUAUCGACCCAAAAAGUUUUGACGAGUUACGCUCGGUUGCCCGGUGGUUUAAGGAUGCCGAAGUCGCCAAAGUUGAGAAGAAAGACGCUGCUGGUGAUAUUCUAAGAUGCGUGGACAAUGGUCGCUUUACAAAAUGGACGCCUUUUCUUGAACAAAUGAAUUUGCAUAAAGAGGGUAACGGUUACGCUCUUCUGCGAUUAUCAGGAACAGUGAGCAUCGAGAAGGAGAAGGGGUUUGACACUAUAUUUUUCCCUUUCCAGGAUGUUGAAAUUGCCGGACAAAAACUGCAUUUUGGGGACUUCUUGCGAUUAACAGAGACACAACUACUGACUACAACUUUGGAUUGUCUGAUCGUGGUCGUACCGGGACUGAAAGAGGAAUAA